AGUCAAUCAUUUGAUCCGACGAUUGGUUUACGAGAAUAACAGUGACAUCGAUUGGUGACCAGCGAUGGCUCAGGCGUUGGCACAACAGGCCUUCGAUGAGAUAAUCGAAGAGAUCGAGUCCAACAAUAGCGGUAAUAGCAAUGGUUUGUCCGAUUUGUGUCAGACUCUGGAACCGAUUGUGAUUCGCGGCAACGGAAACAUCACUCUAUUUGGUCUCUCCAAUGGCUUCACCGACUCAUUCCCAUCCACUCUAUUGGGAAGGGUUUCGCGCGAAGAGUUUGAGAGCACUGUUCACCGAAUCAAUGCAUUACUUCGGGCCCAACACUCGACAAAUGCCAAACUCCUGAUCCUCGGCUGUCUGUGCUGUUGCUGUUCGUUGGGAUGUUCUCUCUUGUGGCCAACACUCGCCCUCUCAAAGAGGACCAAAAACUCGUUGGAAAAGCUGUUGUCUCACGAGAAUUACAAACUGUACCACAAAUUGGGUCUUAAUUGGCGUUUAGCUAAACAAAGAUGUCAUACGAACCACUCGUUCAUGGAGUACGUGCUGGUCAUCGAGUUCUUACCAAAGCUUCAAUUAUAUCAACCGGACUGACGGACUGACCGCACUGUCACCACAAGACCACCGGUGCUCUCAUACCUCAAUCACUAAUACAUACGAACCUCAUAAGUAGUGGUGAAUCUCAUGGCAGCACAACUCCUGACUACACCAGACAUCGAUUCAAAUGGAAAUAUAAUUAAUAUAUAAAUAUUUAGAAAAUUUAUUUAAUUAUAUUUAUUUUGUUCAACACUUAAACAAAUGGCUAAUCAUUUGAAUCAUUUCUGAUACCAAAUAAGAAUUCAUUUUUCAUCUUUUUAUCUCUUUCUGUAAACCAAUGAUUAAAUCAUUUCUGUAUAAUAUAUUAAUAUUCAAAUACAUAUAAUAUAUAUUAUAAUAAAUUCUUAACAUAACUUCAUAAAACA